UUCCUUAUUCUUCUUCUGUUCUUUGUUUUUAUUUUUCUCAGAAUGAGAAAUUUUUCAUAUCAAUUAAAAAGAAAUCUAGGGUUUCAGUCGAAGAACGAGAAGGUUCGGAUGAGGUUUGAAUGGAUCUGAAAUUGAAGAUGGGUUUGAUUCAGAUUAGGUUUUUGGUUUUGUGGAUUGUGAAAUGAAGUUGAGGAUCUGAAAUUAGGGUUCUCAUGGUGCUGCUGGUGUGAACAGUGGAGAGAAAUUAGAAGAUUAAAAUGGGUUGAACGGGUUGAAGGUUGCUGUUGAAGAUGAAUGACUAGAUGAAUGUUUAGGAAAAGUGCAGGAAGGAAGAAUUGGAAAAAGGGUUGAAGUCAGAUUCAAUUGUGAGCUGGUGUUGGUGGUAAAAAGCGUAAAAAGCUCGCCAUUAAAGGAAUUUUAAUUUGUGUCACGUUGAUUUCUAAAACGUCCUUUGCACCAGGGAAUGUAAGGAUCCUUGGAUUUUUUUUUUAGAAAAGGUGUGUUGAAUUAGGAAGAAGGGGGAAAAUGGGAGAAAUUGGUGGAGACCAAGAAGUGAGUGCUGGUGCUGCUCACGAAGAGAGAAUUACAGUAUCUGUGAGGUUAAGGCCUUUGAAUGAAAAGGAAAUUAGAAGAAAUGAUGUAUCAGAUUGGGAAUGUGUUAGUGAUAACACUGUUGUAUUUAGAAGUAACCUUCCUGAGAAAUCUAUGUUCCCGACUGCGUAUUCAUUUGACAAAGUAUUUCGGCAUGAUUGUAACACCAGGCGGGUUUAUGAGGAAGCAGCAAAAGAAGUGUCUCUUUCUGUCAUCAGUGGUAUUAACUCGAGUAUUUUUGCAUAUGGACAAACAAGCAGUGGAAAGACAUAUACCAUGACCGGUGUUACUGAAUAUGCACUCGCCGACAUAUAUGACUACAUCCAGAGGCAUGCGGAAAGGGAAUUUAUCUUGAAAUUUUCUGCAAUGGAAAUCUACAAUGAAGCCGUCAGAGGCAUGCUAAGUUCUGAUACUGGUCCACUUAGGCUUCUUGAUGAUCCAGAAAGAGGGACCGUUGUCGAUAAACUUACUGAGGAAACUUUGAGGGAUUGGAGCCAUGUCCAGGAGAUCCUCUCUACAUGCGAAGGUAACCAUGGUCAACCAAUGUCCUGCUUUUAUUCAAUGGUUCCAUAUUCUAAUAUGCAGACCAUGCCUCUUGCUGCUCAAAGACAGAUUGGUGAAACCUCGUUGAACGAAACAAGUUCUAGAUCUCAUCAAAUUCUCAGACUGGUUUGGCCUCCUAAAGUUUUAAGCUAUAUUUGCGCAAAAAUUCAAUGCAGUAUCUUUGCAUCCUUAUACCUGGUUCACUUACAUAAUGAAACUUUUCUCUUGCAACUGGCAGCAAAUUAAGAACCCCAACUAUAAGGGAAAAUGGAAGGCACCUACGAUUGACAACCCAGAUUUCAAGGAUGACCCUGAAAUCUAUAUCUACCCCAAGUUGAAAUAUGCGGGCAUUGAAUUGACGCAGGUAUUUGUUUUAAUUACUGUUUGAUGCUUUACAUUGUUGUUCUUUGAAUGUAAAGGUACUAAUUUAGCAAGAUGUGCACAUUUUCCAAGUGAAAUCAGGAACUAUGUUCGACAACAUCUUGGUAUGCUAUGAUCCUGAUUAUGCAAAGAAGCUCGCAGAGGAAACAUGGGGAAAACAAAAGGAGGGCGAGAAGGCAGCCUUUGAU